AUGGAAUCGCGCGGAAACCGAUACAGUAGCAGCUCGGAUUAUCAUUCUCAAUCGUCGGAGAAGACUAGCGGGGACGAGAACGAAGAUACCACAAGCGAAAUAGUUGCCAAAGAAAUCAACAGCGAAUGGUUGAACGCAGAAGGUGCUCUACUCAACCGCUGUUUCGACGACGUGGAAGUGAAUAUGGAACAGAUUCGUGAAAAAGUUCAGAAAACGCAAAUGAAACUCAGUUUACAAGUCACUCAGUUUGCUGUCUCAUCCAAGAAGACAAAUAGAAAAACUAGUCAAUGGGGAAAACUGAUCGAACAAACCGAUACGGACAAGCAGUUUCGAGAGGUGGCAAUUGAUUUCUUCCAAAAAUUCAAAUUUUCGGUCAUCCUUUUGUCCAGAUUGUCUGAUCAUUUGAAAGACCCGAAAGCCUCGGUUCUGAUCAAACAAUUAUUCGUUCUACUCAACGAGUGUGUGGGCUAUUGGCGCCAAUCAGCAGCCAUGUCUGCCGAGUUCCCGCGCACAAUCUCGCAACCGUUGUUUCCGCGAUACACCAUUGUAUUUUUGGAAGCCAAUCUGAUCACUGACCACGAGCGUUUGCUACGCGAACUCGGACCCGCCUGGAAUAGACCGAGGGAGGAUUUCGACCCCUCACCAGUGUACAUUCCAACCUUCAAGAACGGAUUUGAAGUGAAUUCGGAUGACUACGAACCGUCGUUGUUUCAUUACGACCAACUGGAAGAAGAUAAGAGUCCAGAACAACGCUAUAUGCAAGAGGUAAAACUGAAUGGAUUUGCCAAGGAGUUACUUCUAAAGAAUCUAAGAGUAUCGAAAGUGGUCUCUGACUACCAAUCGGAAAAAGCAGACCAAUUCAGUGUGAGUACCGGAGAGUUUGUUGAAGUGCUGGAAGAUUCCGGCGACUUGCAUCAAAUACGCAAAGAAUCUGGGGCUGUUGGAUUAUGCCCGGCCACUGCGUUAACACCGAUCGAAGUGGAAACAAUGUGA